AAAAAUGUUAUCGGAUACACUUUUAAUCGUUUUUAUCUCCAUUUGCACUGCUCUUCUUGGAGAAGGGAUGACAUGGCUCCUUGUGUACAGAACAGAAAAAUACCAGAAAUUAAAAAUGGAGGUUGAAAAACAGAGUAAAAAAUUGGAGAAACAAAAAGAAUCUGGUGGUGAUAACCCCAAUGAUAAAGUAAAGAAAAAGAAAAUAGAAAGACAGGAAGAGAGGCUCAAGGCCAACAACAGAGAUCUUUCUCUCGUCAAGAUGAAGUCUAUGUUUGCGAUUGGGUUUGCAUUCACUGCUCUAUUGGGCAUGUUCAAUUCUAUAUUUGAUGGCAGAGUUGUUGCUAAACUACCCUUUGUGCCGAUCUCAUGGCUCCAGAACAUCUCACACAGAAACCUAUUGGGAGAAGACUACACUCACUGCAGCUUUAUAUUUCUCUACAUUCUUUGCACAAUGUCCAUUAGACAGAACAUCCAGAAGAUGCUUGGAUUUGCUCCGUCCAGGGCUGCCAGCAAACAAGGAGGCGGAUUAUUUGGUGCUGCACCUCAACCACCUAAAUAGACCAGUCACAAUUCAGGGAUUUCAGAUGAGAUUUGUCAGAUGGAAUAAAACAUUAAAUACGAGAGACCUCAAUAACAGAAGAUAGGACCUUACUCAGUGCUGCCAUCUUUGUCCUUAGAAACUUACAGUGACGUUGGAGUUUGUGUGAUCUUGCAGAAAUUUUUUCUUUUUCUUUUCAAAAUGUAAAUUUAAUUCAUUUUGGCAUAUUUUCAAUGUAGCGUUGCCUUAGUGAUACACAAUACAAUGACUUGUUUCUUUCUUCGUCCCAUCCAAUUUUUUUACUGUGGGAUUGCUCAUUCUUCUUCGCUUACCUCAAAAGCCCCAUGUAGAUUAUAUUAUUCAGAGUAAACCGUAAGGAAUAAAACUAUUAUAUUGAAACUACU